GUUUCUGGCGGAUUUUCUUUCUCUUUAUCUACCUUUCAGUACUGGUUCUUCUAUGGAUGUGCUUUAGAAAGGAUUGGGGGGACAGAUGGAAUUUCUGCCUCAAUUUGGAAAAAUCUGUUCAGUAGCUGGGCAAAUAAUUGCAAUAUCUUGCAAAAUCUGAAAGUAUAAAUCCUUCCCAAUUUGGUGUUUCCUUGAAAAGAGGUAUUCUUUUUCUGCUUUGGAAAGUUAAAAUGUCGCUUCUUAAUUUCAGACAAUUUUCCUAAUCAAGAUUUGGUAAUGGAAGAGUUCUUACACAUCUAGUUCUUGAUCUGGCUCAUUUUACAGUUGAGGACACUGAAGCCCAGGAAAGUUUUUUUGCUAAUGUAGCUUUCUUCAGUAUGUAGGUUUCCUGAAUAAUUUAUCCCAAAUGUCCUUGUUCUCAUUAUUAGUGUACGUUUAGACUGAAAGAUAUUUGGAAGAAAUUUUUAGGUUUUGGAAGGUUAUUUGUAGUAUUGACUUGCUAUCUGAAUUUAGUGGGUGUAACGGAAAACGACCUGUAAAACAAGAACCAAGUACACUGGAAGCCACCUUGCAGUGGGCAAGACUGGGUUUGGCUUCAGCUGUGCAACUUGGAGCGUUUUAGCUUGGUAACAUUGAUCCCCUUUCAGGUGAGUAUUGGCCUUGCAAUUCGGAUUCAAGCAAGAAAUUGUAAUGUUGCCAGUAGAGUAAAACCAUCAAAUACCCCAAGGCAGAAUGCCAGGCUAAGUUUGUUCAGAAGAUGGCCAUAAAAUCACGAGGUCCAGAAGUAAGUUUGCUGAGGAGUUACAAAGGUUGCUUAAUGGAGACACUUGUAUAGUGAGGACUUGGGGAUAACUUCAUUAAGAAACUGCUUUGAGUAUUGGAUUUUCUUCAUUGGAAGUGUCAUGUAGGGAAUACAGAAGUUUGCUCGUGAGAAGUUGGUAAUACUUUGAUCAUUCUAGGCUUUGCAGAUUAUCUGCUUUGUAGUGGGGGCAUGAAUGGGCAUUUCACCUAUAUCACCCAGAGGUGGUUUUUAGUUUUAAAUUCUGUAUUAACGGUUGUUUUCUUUCCAGACUGCAAAAUCCAAAAUGGGGCUCAAGGUAUUCGUUUCAUCUACACCAGAGAAGGCAGACCGAGUGGCGAGGCUUUUGUUGAACUUGAAUCAGAAGAUGAAGUCAAAUUGGCCCUGAAAAAAGACAGAGAAACUAUGGGACACAGAUAUGUUGAAGUAUUCAAGUCAAACAACGUUGAAAUGGAUUGGGUGUUGAAGCAUACUGGUCCAAAUAGUCCUGACACGGCCAAUGAUGGCUUUGUACGGCUUAGAGGACUCCCCUUUGGAUGUAGCAAGGAAGAAAUUGUUCAGUUCUUCUCAGGGUUGGAAAUCGUGCCAAAUGGGAUAACAUUGCCGGUGGACUUCCAGGGGAGGAGUACGGGGGAGGCCUUCGUGCAGUUUGCUUCACAGGAAAUAGCUGAAAAGGCUCUAAAGAAACACAAGGAAAGAAUAGGGCACAGGUAUAUCGAAAUCUUUAAGAGCAGUCGAGCUGAAGUUAGAACUCACUAUGAUCCGCCACGAAAACUUAUGGCCAUGCAGCGGCCAGGUCCCUAUGACAGACCUGGGGCUGGCAGAGGGUAUAACAGCAUUGGCAGAGGAGCUGGCUUUGAAAGGAUGAGGCGUGGUGCUUAUGGUGGAGGUUAUGGAGGCUAUGAUGAUUAUAAUGGCUAUAAUGAUGGCUAUGGAUUUGGGUCAGAUAGAUUUGGAAGAGACCUAAAUUAUUGUUUUUCAGGAAUGUCAGAUCACAGAUACGGGGAUGGUGGCUCUACUUUCCAGAGCACAACAGGACACUGUGUACACAUGCGGGGAUUACCUUACAGAGCUACUGAGAAUGACAUUUAUAAUUUUUUUUCACCACUCAACCCUGUGAGAGUACAUAUUGAAAUUGGUCCUGAUGGCAGAGUAACUGGGGAAGCAGAUGUCGAGUUUGCAACUCACGAAGAUGCUGUGGCAGCUAUGUCGAAAGACAAAGCAAAUAUGCAACACAGAUAUGUAGAACUCUUCUUGAAUUCUACAGCAGGAGCAAGCGGUGGUGCUUACGAACACAGAUAUGUAGAACUCUUCUUGAAUUCUACAGCAGGAGCAAGCGGUGGUGCUUAUGGUAGCCAAAUGAUGGGAGGCAUGGGCUUGUCGAACCAGUCCAGCUAUGGGGGUCCAGCCAGCCAGCAGCUGAGCGGUGGUUAUGGAGGCGGCUAUGGUGGCCAGAGCAGCAUGAGUGGAUAUGACCAAGUUUUACAGGAAAACUCCAGUGAUUUUCAAUCAAACAUUGCAUAGGCAGCCAAGGCGCAGUGAACAGCAGCUACUACAGUAGUGGAAGCCGAGCGUCUGUGGGAGUGAACGGAAUGGGAGGGCUGUCUGGCAUGUCCAGUAUGAGUGGUGGAUGGGGAAUGUAAUUGGUCCUGAUCACUCACUCUUGGUCAACCUUUUUUUAAAAGAAAAACAAAAACUUAAGUUUUAACAGUUUUGCAAUACGAGCUUGUGAUUUAUGCUUACUCUAAGUGGAAAUCAGGAUUGUUUUAAAGACCAGUCAGGUUCAGUAUUUUUGAACACAACUUUCAUCUAGGGUGUAACAACUAAAUUGAGUAAACUAUAACUGUUAAAUAAUUUUCAGCUUUUCUCAAGUUAGUUACAUUGUAGGAUGUACUUAAGCAGUAAGUGUAUUUAGGUUAAAGCAGUUGAAUUAUGUUAAAUGUUGCUCUUAUACAUUACAUUGAACACUGUUUGGAUGCAUGUUGAAAGACAUGCCUUUUUGUAAAACUCAACAUAGGAGCUGUGUCUACAAUUAAAAGUGAAACAUUUGGCAUGUUUGUUAAUUCUAGUUUCAUUUAAUAACCUAAGGCACGUGAGUUUAAGCUUUUUUUUUUUAAGUUAAUGGGGAAAUUUUGAGACGCAAUACCAAUACUUUAGGAAUUUUGGUCUUGGUGUUUGUAUGAAAUUCUGAGGCCUUGAUUUAAAUCUUCAUUGUAUUGUGAUUUCCUUUUAGGUGUAUUGCGCUAAGUGGAACUUGUCAAAUAAAUCUUCCUUUUAAAAACUGCA